CCGCCCGCGGGCUCGACCACAGCCAUCGAAUUCGCUGAGAUUUUUGCGGGGCCUUUGCUGCCAGCGGCCCCGAGCGACCCCGCGAGGAAGCUCGCGCCUGGACAGGCGCCCAGAUGGGCGCCGCGCUCCCUGGCACCGCCGCCGCCGCCCGGGGAGGCCACUGCCAGCUGAUGGGGGCCCUCAUGCCGCCGUCGCGCCCGCUGCGCCAAGGCUGUGCCUCCCGCGCUGGCGCGGGCCGCGUCGCUGCUCCCGAGGAAACGCGCGACGAGCUGGAACACCGGGUCGCAGAGCUGGAGGCCGAGAACGACUGGCUGUGGCAGCGGAGCUGCCAGCCCCGGCACGCAGCGUUGCGCGCGCUGGCGCCCUCGGAGCUCGACUCGGUGCUCGAGGGCGUGGGGAGCGGCCCGCGGCGCCCUCUGGGGCGCCGCGGGGAGCAGCCGGAGGUGGUGCGCGGCGAGGCCGGCCGGCAGCUCCCCGGCCACGGCGCCGUGGCCGUGAAGCUGCGCGCGGGUCGCCGCGGCGGGGGCGGCGCGGAGGAUCAGCGCAGGUUCCUGCGUGAGAUCUACGCCCUCCAUCAGUGCCCUGAGGACGAUCACCUGGUC